CACUUCAACGCAACACCUCCUGCGCGGCGCGGCUCUCGCACCCUCGUCGGGCAGCUGCCUCAACCGUACCGAAGGCCGGAUCGUGACUCACCUGAGCACGCGGUUAGGUCGCCGCGGGUCCGCCAUGUUAUUGCUGGACAUCCCAGCCCGUCCCAAGCGGCUCCAGACAGCCUCUCCAGCCGCUCCCACUUCCGCUUCCGGUCAGCGCGUGGGGGGCGACAAACGUUGUAACACCUCAGCGCUCCAGAGCUUUGGUUCCGCGAAGGUGACGCGACCUCGGACGCCGACGCCCCCGGAGUCCCGGUGGUGUUCCAAGAUGAAAAAUCUACCAGAAGCAAAACAUUCCUAACCGUUCGAUCCAGUCUGAGAUAUUCAUGGUGCAUGAAACUUUCGUGGAUGUUGCUUUGUCAUCAAGUGUAUGGGAGCAUCGCUCGCAACGUAUGUGUGAAACCAGUCACUUUUCUUCCUAAUGGCUUUUCCAGAGCCAAAACCAAAGAAACCUGAGCUGCCUAAGAAACUGCUGGGCACAUUGCAAUGUAAACAGGGAGCUGUCAGAGCUAUAAGGUUUAAUGUGGAUGGGAAUUAUUGUCUUAGUUGUGGCAGUGACAAGUCACUCAAGCUCUGGAACCCCCACAAAGGGACUCUCCUCAAGACAUACAGUGGCCAUGGCUACGAGGUGCUGGAUGCAGCAGGGUCAUUUGACAACAGCCAGCUAUGCUCAUGCGGAUCAGACAAGACUGUUGUGCUAUGGGAUGUGGCUACAGGUCAGGUGAUUCGCAAGUUCCGUGGCCAUGCAGGAAAGGUAAACUGUGUCCAGUUCAAUGAAGAGGCUACUGUGAUCUUGUCAGGAUCUAUUGACUCCAGCGUCCGCUGCUGGGACUGCCGUUCACGCAGACCGAAUCCCAUCCAGAUACUCGAUGAGGCCAAAGAUGGCAUCUCCAGUCUGAAAGUGUCCGAUCAUGAAAUCCUUACAGGUUCUGUAGAUGGACGUGUCCGACGUUAUGACUUACGCGCUGGGGAGCUCUGCUCGGACUAUAUUGGAAGUCCCAUCACUUGCGUGUGUUUCAGCAAAGACGGACAAUGUACGCUGACUGCUGCUUUGGACUCCACACUACGCUUGCUGGACAAGGACACCGGCGAGAUGUUGGGAGAAUACACAGGCCACAAGAACAUAGCCUACAAGAUGGACUGCUGCCUGAGCGAGAGAGAUACGCAUGUUGGGAGCUGCUCUGAGGAUGGCAAAGUAUAUUUCUGGGACCUGGUUGAGGGAUCCUUGGCUAUGAGUUUACCUGUCAGCAACAGUGCAGUCCAGUCUCUGUCCUUCCACCCAACUGAGGCUUGUUUACUCACUGCAGCAGAGGGCCUUGUGCAGCUUUGGAGGGAAGAAUCGUAUGUGGCAGAGGAGGAAAAGCCACCUGCUUGAUCUUCAUCGCUGGGUAGCUGGAAGAGAGAACUUCAGAUGUGGGAUUUGGGACGCUCUUAACAUAUUGCAUGCAAAGUAUUGCCCUGAGCUCACUGUCUUCGGAAAGGGGGGGUGGCAUCAGACUAUGGCUGUUCAUACACGCUAGACAUCACAUCUUCAAGAGGGCUAGGCCUUUUGGUGGUUUAAGAAGAGAGGCCCCUUCCUUGGCUAAAGUUGAAAUACGCCCUAAGGCUUUGGGCUGUCCCUGUAUUACAACUAUUAAUUCAAGCACGUGUAGCUUACGUUGGUCUGUUACAAGAAAAUUGAACAGGAGCCCAGCAGCACCUUUCAAACACUAACAGUCUGUAUUCUAGUGUAAGCUUUUGUGUGUCGAAACUCACUUCACCAAAUGUGAUAAAGUUACUGUGACUCAAGAACGCUUAUGCUGAAAUAUAUAGCAUUAGUCUUCGAGGUCCCCCUGGGCUCUUGCUUAGUCCCUCUUUGUGAUGGGUUUGAUUCUUGGGUCGUGCUGCAGCAAAGUCACUUGGCUAAAGUCAAAACACAGAAGCCCUAUUAACUAGGUUGAUACAAGUGAACAUGCAUUCCUUUGUAUGACUUUUCACAAUCAAUGAGUUUAAUAUGCUAGAGAAUGUAAGAGUCGUCUUUGAGCUACAGCUGUUUAGAACCGUCUCGUUCCUUAAAGGGUUGUAGUAUUGAAAUGAUUAGAAAGAAACAACCUCUGUGCUUGGGGUCCUUUUGGGCUUACAAAACAUACCAUGGUGUAGUUUUCUGCAUAAUUUUAAAUGUAUUUUUUCAGUGCUACAGAUAAUUUUGCUAUGUUAAUAUCCUACUUUUUUGUUUUUGAACAAUACUAAUAAAAAUCAAAUUGUUUAUGAGGCA